ACCGCAUCAAGUCUGUUUGCAGGCUUAGUUAUAAUAAGAGAGGCGGAUGAUGACAUCUUCACACCCAAGCUCUUGGUGUGUAAAAAAGUUGCUCUCUCGACAUAUAGCUCGGCAGAAUAAAUUCAGGUCUGAACAAAGGGAAUCUUGAUGGCGGCAUCUGAAAUCUGACAUUAUUGGACAUUUGAGGAUAGAUUCAAUUAAUUUAACAGAAAAGAUGGGGUGCGCCUGCAGUUCGGACUCAGACAGCGAAUGGAUGGAGAACUUGGACGAAAUUUGCGAACACUGCAACUGUCCAAUUCCUCCCCAGGCCUGCAAUCCAUACACAGAUCAGGUGAUUCCAUAUCCAUCACAGUAUACGCCCCCGAUGUCACCUUUACCAGAUAACAUCGGGGUGGCCAUUUACAGCUAUGACCCCAAACAUGAAGGAGACCUGGGUUUUGAUAAAGGAGACAAACUCAAGAUCAUCAACAAGGACGACGCGGAGUGGUACCUGGCCGAGUCGCUCACCACAGGCCAGCGGGGCUACAUUCCCCACAACUUUAUCGCGAUGACCACAGUGGAGACUGAAUCGUGGUUCUUCAGGAACAUCUCUCGAAACGAUGCUAUGAGGCUCCUCCUGGCUCCAGGGAACACGCAGGGCUCUUUCCUGAUUCGAGAAAGCGAGACUUCCAAAGGGUCAUAUUCGUUAUCGGUCCGAGAUCUGGACCACAACACGGGGGAAGGCGUGAAGCACUACAGGAUCCGCAACAUGGACGAUGGAGGCUUCUACAUCACAACCAAGAUAUCUUUCAGCUCCCUGAAGGAGCUCGUCCAGCAUUACUCCCGUGAACCGGAUGGCUUGUGCACAGUCCUGGUGAAGCCCUGUCAGUCCAGGGCGCCGCAGAAACCCUGGUGGCAGGACGAGUGGGAGAUCCCCCGAGAGUCCCUGAAGCUGGAGCGCAGGCUCGGAGCUGGACAGUUCGGAGAAGUCUGGAUGGGUAUCUACAACAACGACAGGAAAGUGGCAAUAAAGAAUCUGAAAAUGGGCACCAUGUCAGUGGAGGCCUUCAUGGCAGAAGCCAACAUGAUGAAGAACCUGCAGCACCCUCGUCUCGUUCGUCUCUUCGCCGUAGUUACCCAGGAGCCUAUAUAUAUUGUCACAGAGUACAUGGAAAAUGGAAGCUUGGUAGACUACCUGAAAACACAGGAGGGAAGCAAUUUACCCACCAACACACUGAUAGACAUGUCAUCACAGGUGGCUGACGGCAUGGCGUUCAUCGAGCAAAAGAAUUACAUUCAUCGAGACCUGCGGGCUGCCAACAUUUUAGUUUCCCAUGAACUCAUCUGUAAAAUCGCAGAUUUUGGCCUCGCAAGAUUGAUAGAAGACAAUGAAUACACAGCCAGAGAAGGUGCAAAGUUCCCCAUUAAAUGGACCGCUCCAGAAGCUAUAAACUACGGCACUUUCUCCAUAAAAUCUGAUGUGUGGUCAUUUGGGAUUCUUCUCACAGAAAUAGUGACAUACGGGCGUAUUCCUUACCCAGGUAUGUCCAACCCAGAAGUGAUCCAGAACUUGGAGCGUGGAUACAGGAUGCCGGCGCCAGAAAACUGCCCUGAUGAGCUUUAUGACAUCAUGAAGGAAUGUUGGAGGGAGAGACCAGAGGACAGACCCACGUUUGACUACCUGAAGCACCUCCUGGAAGACUUCUUCACUGCCACAGAGCGGCAGUACCAAGAGUAGCUGCAAUGGACAGAAAAAAGACAUACAGAGACACAUAAGUGUGUAAUCAAACUAACAGCAUGACUGCAGACAGCCAAUGCUGGAUUUUUAACUGUUUGCUAAAGAGUAGGAGCCGGGACGAUCGACAUAGUGGUGCUUUGUUUCUGCAUCAAACUAACCUGGAAAACGUUUGCCAUGAUCUCUGAUGGCAAACGUCAUCAGACGUGACGAUCCUGCUGAUGAUCAAUCGUGACUGAGUAAACGGGGGACUCGGUACUGGGCUGAAAAAAACAGCUGCACUCCUGGUGCUUUUACAGUGACAUGUAAAUAACUGCUUCAGUUGAAUUUUACCUCCACAGUAUGAUAACAGUUGUGUUUACGGUGACAAACGUCUUGUGAAUGCUGUGUAUUGUUGCAUAAAAUAAGCCAGUUGAGCAGAAUAUUGCUCAACUGAAGCAUAUUGGCUAUAAAAAAAGGUACAUUAUGGAUGUUUUAUUAUUAUUAUUAUUAUAGAGAAUGAAUGUCUAAUGUAUAAAUUGGAAAAGAAGUAUUUCUGUAAGUGUGAUGAUUAGUGUGCAUCAGAUACUGUUUUAAAGUUCCUGUAAAUACAUCUUCAUUUGUUUUCUGUUUCUUUUUUCGGCCAAAAUUGACAUAUUUAUGUCUGUUACCUUUUAUAGUACCAGCAACCCAUUGACAGCAAGCUUUGAGUAAACUCAGGCAAGAUGCAUCUUUAAAAAAUAAAAAAAUAAAAAAUAAAUAAAG